AUGCAACAAAUACAUACAAAUCGAGAUCUAAUGCCUGAAACAGCUAUUCGUGAAGGAGACAAUUCAUCUAAGAUUGUUCGUACGGAUCUAUCAACAAUAUUAAGCGACUAUACUAAUUCACAAAGACGUUAUAACGAUCGUCUUGAAUCUCUUGAACGUGAGAUGGUAUCAUUGAAAGGUCAAUUCAAUGAACAUGAACUUAAUCAAACAUUUACGACAAAAAAAACAUCAAAUCCUUCACCAACAUCUGCUCGAGGUAGCAGUUCAUCACGUAUACCAUUACCAGUAACUCCUCGACGACUAUCUGAUGAUAAACCUGUAACACCUGCCACUAAUACAUCCAAUACACAUCCAUUACCUUCAAAACCUGUGGGUCGUAGUAGAUCUUUUCAUAAUAAUACAUCGGAUGAAUCAAAAUUUCUACGAUCUUAUAAAAUUCAACUUGAACAAGCACAUCAAAACAAUACAUCUGGAUCUCCAGAUAUAAGAGUACCAAAUUAUUCUAGUGUAGAAGAAGUAAUACGAGCAAAUGAACAACUUUUAAUGGAAAAUGAUCGUCUUCGAUCUGAUUUUAAUCGUUUAAAAACAGAAAAUAUUUUAUUACUUCGAUCAAUGAAAGCAACAUCAACAGGAAAUGAACCAAAUCUAGGCAAUGAAAGAAUCAUUGCGGAACGUGAACGUCAAUCAUUAACAGUAGAAUUAGCACGACAAGCUGAAGAAAAUAAACGUCUUCGAAAAUCUCUACUAGCUCAAUCAGCAAAAUUUAUAGCAUUACGUCAAUCUAUUCAUAGUACUUCUUUAUCCACAUCCAAUGAACAUCAUUUUACAUCACAAUCAACAAUACCAUCAUUACCGAAUUCAAGUAGAGUUUCCAAAUCAAAAUCAGCUCGACAUAGUUCGAAUAAUCGAGCAUCUGAUCGAACAAAUACAUUUUCUCAUGCCUCAAGUGAUCUAUUCUAG